CCCGCCCUGUUAGGGACACGUGGUUGGAGGACAGUGGCAAAUGGGACUGGCAUAACAGCCCUGACGCUGAUUCAUCAGUGUAAUGUUGGGGUGCAAACAUCACCUGCAAUACGGAACAAUCAACUACAGCCAGAUGCCAAACAUAUGGACACUUGUACCAAACUUGGACACUUGGACACUUGUCUUUCAGAAAACAGAGUGUUCAUGCCACCCAAUGGCCACAUUCCAAACAAGACUGGGAAAAACAAUGAAGUCAGGAAAGAAAAAACAAGAAGUAUUAUUAUUAAACGUAGUAGUCUGGAGACAAAAACUAAAAAGGGUGUAACCUUUGAGGGACUGGAGAGUGAAAUCUCUGAGGAUAGGGAAGAGGUUCAGUACCAUAAUCCUCCAAUCAAAACCAGUCCUCUGUUGAGGGGUGUGGCUAAUUGCAAACUAAAACCAAGAAGGAAUUGUCACUUUACCAAUGGUAGUGUGGUUGACUCUGAGGUAAUGGGCGGGAUCAGCAGUGAUGUCAGUGAAGGGGUGGAGUCUGCUACAGGACAAAAACAGCAUGGGCAUUCUUUGAAAGUAACAUUACCUUCAAGCUCACCCCCUCACAGACCGCCCAUGAACAUCUGCAGUACUUGUGGAGGGCGCCAGAAUCCAGCAACUCCUGGACUCUACUGUCAAACCAGGGCAAUUACCUCCCCAACUUCCAUAGGUUCUUUGGGACUCCAGCCCAGCCAUUCAUCCCCUCUUUACCCUGGGAAUGACAUGGGAAUUAAAAUGCAGAUAGAAAGACACACUGACCGCAGUGCUACUCAGUCAGACCCCAUGAGCCCUAACCUUCAUUCUUAUCUCAACAUGAAUAUAAACAAAGACUGGCCAUUAUCUCUGCUGCCUGCUCAGCAGAUUGAGGCAUCAAAGCUCACUUAUCAUCAUGCAGUCAAGAGGGAUUCUUGUGCUGACAAACACAUUUAUCAUACCGGUCGCACAUCAGCUCCGCAUACUCUCGCUGUAACUACAAUAGAGGAUAAAGCUCUUUCAAGGGCCAUAAACACAGACUGGAACUCUCACAAACCUCCCGCACAGCCUCACACAUUGUACCCCCCGAGACCCCCCACGACUCCGCACCCUCCCUAUACACACAAACAUGGCACAACCGAGAAACUAGCUGCCACACAGGCGACAAGUACCAGCACAUCACAAGUAAACACACACUUCCAACCAAAUUACCAGCAAAACUCUAAUAGCAAUCCAACAAAUCAAACUGGAAACAAUCUCAAACACUCAGAGUCUCUGAGUACAUACCAUCCACAGAACAAAACACACAUCAAACUUUUGCAAACCACAACGAAACAACAGAUGUUUCCCCAAACCAACUCAAUAGCUCAAAACUCAAAAGCUAGUGUAGGCACACAACAGAACUACAAACCGCAGCGCAUUGAACAUAAUAGCACACUUCUCAAAUGCCCAAAUUCAUCACCGUUGAAUCAGACAAGCAUUCAUUCUAAAUCCUCUGCCUAUUUUCAUUCACAUUCAAAUGUUAAACUCCAAACUACAAGCCAGAAUUGUAGGAGUCAAGGUGUCAUAUCCUCCACUGCUUCAAACAUUCUGAGACAGGUACAAUUCCCAAAUGGAUUAGAGUCCAAGUUUGACACACACACUAAACCAUCAGUAUGCUCUCACACAAAUUCCAGCAUUAAACCUCAAAGCGUUACGCAAAUCUGCGCUGACACGGAUCCUGAAUCCGCCACCUCACCCUCUGAUUCACAUUUUCCAUUGGCAACAAACACACAUAACCUCUCUGGUUCUCAUUCAGGUCGUCAUACAUUGAUACCCAAUGACACAAGUCCACCUCAAAAUGCACUUUCACAUGCAAACACACCCAAGCAAUCUUCAUUCACUAAGACACAUAAAACAAACACCAAUAGCACCUCACAUAAAGACAUACUCUCAUACCCUCAUCGUGAGUCAAAAUGCCAAAAUGACAAUCUCUUGUUUUCACAUGCCCCAAAUAUGUCAGCCCAUCACAAAGAAACACUUAAAGCGCGAACAAUCAACCAUCAGAACCUCUCAAAUGCAUUUACAACCACUCAGACUGAGGUGGAAGUGCAUUUGUACACCAAAGAACAUUCUCAAACAAGCCCCAAGGUCAAAACAGCCUCACACACACUAUGUGUUCAUUCAAAUACGCCACACAGACAGACACAGCCUGAAGUUGUCAGACAGUCUGUCCUAAAUCAUCUUAGUAAUGACACUUGUGAGUCCUCAUUACUAACCAAUCCUUCCUCCAGGGCAUGUCCUCAAGCCGAGACACACAUACGGUCUGUAUUUAAGUCUUUGAGUGACACAGAGUCAAAGAAACAAGCUGAUUUUAAAGCAACAGGACCAGAACAUCAAACAAUCAAUGCCUCACAACAUCAACACGCACUUCAGCCGUCAAAAAAACCACCCCCCUAUGUGCCCCAGAGAGCACAAAAUGCAUUCCGACCUCCUAAGCCAUCUUCUGUACCUCCGCAAGCCCCAUAUUUUAAAUUUGAAAUGGAGGGCACAGAAAACAGAGGCCUAAAUGCGGCCUCUAAUCGAAAGCCACUUCUGUCACCCUCAGGCACUGUCAUCCUCCAACACAUACAGAACGUUGAAAGUCUCCAGAAUGCAAAGGCACAGAUGGAAUCUCAAUCCAGUUCCAUCUCACAGGCUGUUGGCUCUGUGCCAAAUGACCAUUGUUCCCUAACGCACAACCACCCUCCUUCUGCAGUUCAGUUGCUGCCUGCAUCGCCUCAGUGCGGCAAGCCACGGGACUCUAAGCAUAGAUUAGAGAUGGUAGAGGCGAGUCUGCAAGCCAACAAGGAAAGAAUCACAACUCUGCUCAACAUCAUUCAGGACUUGGAGAUGAGCCAUGCACUCAGCAAAGGCCGGCAAUGUUUUCGGACUGGCCAAGACCUUAGAGACUGCACCACUUGUCAGAAGACUGCAUGUGCCAUCUACAGUGUGGAGUAUGACUUCCGGCAACAGGAGAGAAGAUUCAGGGAGCUCUUCCAAAGUCUGUGUCCUCCAUCCCCAGAAAGGAGAGAAGGAGGAUGUGAAGAAUCUUUUUCUUUACUCACCUCACUUAUUCAUAACCGCAAAUUACACCAGCUAAACACCAAUAUCAUGACUCACAUUCAAUCUGAGAGUCAACAUCAAAUUCAGCCUCAGAUUAAGUCUCAGACUCAAUCUCAGAUUCAUUCUCAGCCACAGAUUCAUUCUCAAACUCAGUCUCAGAUUUUGCCUCAGAUUAAGUCUCAAACUCAGUCUCAGAUUACGCCUCAGAUUCAGGCUCAGAUUAUGUCUCAGAUUCCAUCUCAUUCUCAGAUUAUGUCUCAGAUUCCAUAUCAGUCUCAGAUUAUGUAUCAGAUUCCAUCUCAGUGUCAGAUUAUCUCUCAAAUUCCAUCUCAGUCUCAGAUUACGCCUCAGAUUCUGUCUCAAUCUCAGAUUCAGCCUCAUAUUCAUUCUCCGUCCCGGAAUCAUUCCCAUUUCAAUACUAAAAUCAAGAGGAAGAAAUUAUGCAGGAGACUGUUCGGCUGGUUACCACAUAAAGUCCAAAGGAAAUGAUUAUAUCAUGCCAAGUAUCUGAUUUUCAUGCCUGACUCUUCACCUUCUGGUAUGCAUAGUCACAAACUUUCUCAAACUCAGUCUCAGAUUACAGUAUGUUUCAGAUUUCUUCUCGGCCUUAGCCACAGAUUAUGUCUCAGAUUUAGUCUAAAUCUCAGAUUAUGCCUUAGAUUCCAUCUCAGUCUUAGAUUAUGUUUUAGAUUCAUCCUCAGAUUCAUUUUCAUUCCCAGUCCCGGAAUCGGUCCCAGUUCAAGACUAAAAUCAAGAGGAAGAAAUUAUGCAGGAAGCUGUUUGGCUGGCUACCACACAAAGUCCAAAGGAAAUUACUAUAUCAUGCCAAGUAUCUGAUUUUCAUGCCUCACUCUCCACCCUCUGGUAUGCGGAGUGACAACUCCUUUUUGUUUUAAUGCAGUCUGAAGUCUGACUUUUGAUAUUUUUUGUAAAGGAGCAUUAUUCCAUGACAACUGUGACCAUGAACUACCAAGGAGAAUUUGCAACAUGAAACUAGAUUUUCCUUGCCGAAGACAACUCUACAACAUUACCAUUAUGAUUUAAUUAUAUAUGCAUCAAAGUUAAAAUGAACAUGAUGCUUGUCAUUACUGGUUAUGAAGGGUUUUGCCCCUAAGAUGCAGAUGAACAUUUUAGGACAUGAUGUGAUGUGAGGUUGUGGUGCACUUCACUUCAUUCUUAAUCUUCCAAAUGGACAGCUAUCAUCUGUUAGAGGUCACAGCAUUAUGAUGUACUAUGGGACUGUGAUACAGAGCUUCAAUGACUGAAUUUUAGCUAAAUAAACCACAGAUCCAAGGUUA